AAUAUAUGUCCAGCACUGUGCGCUCCGCGCUACCACAGUCCACUAUGGAACGGAACGGGGAUGACUGGCACAGGACCGAAGGAGAAAGAAGACACCACAAGUCCCAGGAUGACGGGUUACAGGAGCGAGAUGCUGUAUGUUCUGGAGAAGCCCCAGAUGCGAGGCGAGGAGGAGCGGCUUCGAACUUUUGAAAACUGGCGGAGGGACACACCAGUCACCGCGGGCAACCUGGCCAGAGCGGGAUUCUAUUUUCUGGGGACAGAAGAUAAGGUUCAGUGCUUCUGUUGCGGAGGGAUCCUGCGGUACUGGGUCCAUGGGGACAGUCCGAUCCUCGAACACAAGAGGCACUUCCCCACCUGUAGUUUCGUGCUGGGUAGGGCCGUUGGGAAUAUCCCGCUGUUUUUCGUUUCCAGGUCCCCUUCUGACUCCGUGGACGGUCAGCUGUUGAGCCAGCUCCAGAGGAUGACCGUGGACGACCAGGGAACGGCCGGGCAGGCUGUCUACCCUGAGAUGGAGUUAGAGGAAUCCCGGCUCACCACAUUCCACAACUGGCCCACGGGUGCUGCGGUCCAGCCCAAUGUUCUGGCGAGGGCAGGAUUCUUCUACACAGGCCACGGUGACAACGUAAAAUGCUUUCACUGUGACGGAGGGCUGAGGAACUGGGAACCUGGAGAUGACCCCUGGCAGGAGCAUGCCAAGUGGUUCCCACGAUGUGACUUCCUGAUCCAGACGAGAGGACGUGACUAUGUCAGUAACAUCCAGGCUACCCACUUCCACAGAGAGACUGUGGGUGGGUCACAGGCACCGGUGUCUCAAGAAAUUACUUCAGAAAAUGACGUGGUGGGUGGUCUGGGCACAACCGCAGUCAUGCUGUCUCCUGUGGUCCAGACCGUACUCCAGAUGGGCUUUGAGGCUGGCCUGCUGGAGAGUCUGGUCCAGACCAAGUACCUGCUGACCGGCCAGCACUACACCUCCGUGUCUGGCCUGGUCACUGACGUACUGGCUGCUGAAGAGGAGGACAGGACCAGGGGGCUGCAGAGCAGAGUCCAGGAGCCGGUGGAGAGACAGGGUCCCAGUGCAGGAGGGGUCAGGACACAGACACCCAUCAGAGAAAAAGCAGUGGGAGACUCCACCCCUGAGGAGCUCCUGCGUCAGCUGCAGGAGGAGCGGACAUGUAAGGUGUGUAUGGACAAGCUGGUAUCCAUCGUCUUCAUCCCCUGUGGUCAUCUGGUGGUGUGUAGCGACUGUGCUGCCAGCCUGCGUCACUGCCCCAUCUGCAGAGCCACCAUCAGAGGAAGCGUCCGAGCAUUCAUGUCCUGAGAGUCACAUUCAAGUACAAGACCCUUGUGCUUUUGUUUGCCUUUGACAAAUGAAGAGAGAUUCUACAACCCCUCGGGGCGGCUCAUCUUUCUAUAGGUGCUGUGAGAAUUUUGUGAAAAUGUCCCCUGGAUUUUAGAUGCCUGACAGAUCUGACCCAUUCUCCUAACCUCAAUACUGUUCAGCUGUUGAUUUGCCCUGCUCAAAAUAACCUUCAAAAUCAAAAUGGCUUCUUUUUGGCUGUAGUAAAAGUUGUUGAAUAUAUUUAUUUUGAUACAGUAAACGUAUUUCCAAUAUCAUUAUUGGUGUUUACAGAGAUCAACUGGCAGAGCAAGAGUAUCAGUCCAACUGCACAUCAGAUUACAGUUAGUUUGUACAAAUACUAAAAAUAAUCCCUAAAACAAAUGACCCAGA